AUGGCUGCAAUCUUCAGUGGCGCACCUCCGCAAGGCGGACCCGGCUAUUCGUUCACCCAAACCCCCACAGCUGUUCCGUCAGGCGAACGACAGCAUGGCUUCUACCCAUAUACUGAUAAUGGCGGCUCAACACUUGGUAUCUCCGGUGCGGACUUCACCAUCCUCGCGGGCGACACUCGAUCAACUAGCGGCUACAACAUCAACACACGGUACGCACCAAAGCUCUUCAAGAUUGGCGGCGAGGGUCCAGACAACAAAGGUGCACGGAUAGUGUUAUCGGUCGUCGGGUUCGCUGCUGAUGGCGAUGCGUUGAAGGAGCGCUUGGAUACCAUCGUAAAGAUGUACAAGUAUCAGCACGGAAAGCCAAUGACGGUGACCGCUUGCGCUCAACGAUUGAGCCACAUCCUAUAUAACAAACGAUUCUUCCCAUACUACGUACACGCCAUUCUCGGAGGUUUGGAUGAGGAGGGCAAGGGCGCAUUAUACUCCUACGACCCUGUGGGGAGCUACGAGAGGGAACAGUGUAGGGCGGCUGGUGCAGCAUCGUCGCUCAUCAUGCCUUUCUUGGACAACCAGGUCAACUUCAAGAACCAAUAUAUGCCUGGCAGUGGCACGGGACACAACUUGAAGACGAAGGAGGCGACACCCUUGUCACGUGGUCAUGUGGAGGACUUGGUGCGGGAUGCGUUCACCAGCGCGGUUGAGCGGCAUAUCGAGGUCGGCGAUGGCUUGCAGAUGAUGAUUCUGACAAAGGACGGCAUACAGGAGACAUACACGUCACUGAAAAAGGACUAG